UUUCUCCAAGCGUUCUUCAAGAUAAGCGCAAAUAUUUGACAGCUGAGUAAUUAACGCAAUUUUCUUGACGAAUUCGUUAUUGUAUUACCAAAAAUGAUUGAUUUGUGCCGGGAAAAGUGGGCUUGGUGGCUACUAAUCCUCUUAAUAGUACUGCUGGAAAAGGGCGAUUGUUCUGCUAGUAGCAAUGAGUAUAUGAAACGUGAGCAUUCAUUGAUACGGCCGUUCCAGGGCAUUGGUAUAAAUUUACCAUAUUGGGAUUUUCUUGGACACACAAUGGUAACUAGCAACUACAUAAGACUGACGCCAGAUUUGCAAUCGAAGAGCGGUGCACUUUGGAACUACUCGCCCGUUAUGACACGCAACUGGGAGGUACAUGUUACAUUCAAGGUGCACGGAAGGGGAAAUGAACUGUUCGGAGAUGGAUUUGCUAUUUGGUAUACCAAAGAACGUAUGCAGGGAGGUCCCGUGUUUGGCAGCAAAGACUAUUUCUCCGGUUUGGCGGUGAUAUUGGACACUUACAGCAAUCAAAAUGGACCACACAAUCAUCAACAUCCCUACCUCAGUGCUAUGAUAAACAAUGGCACAUGGACAUAUGAUCAUGACCGGGAUGGCACACAUACACAACUUGCCGGUUGUGAGGUGCGUUUUCGUAAUGUGGACUAUGAGACACAUGUGAGCAUACGUUAUGAAAAUGACAUACUCUCGAUCUCCACGGAUAUGGAGAAUAGAGGCGAGUGGAAGAGUUGUUUCGUGGUGAACGAUGUUGAAUUGCCAACGGGAUACUUCCUCGGAUUGUCGGCGACAACUGGAGAUCUAUCCGACAAUCAUGACAUCGUUGGUGUAAAGUUUUACGAUCUUGAUAUAAAUGUGACGCCGGAAGAGAUAUCAGCACGUUCUAAAAUUGUGCCACGUGCGAAAACCUACGAACCGCCACGUGAACACAAAGACGAUCCCAAGCCGGGCAUGUCAAAUGUGAAAAUAUUCUUCAUACUUUUAUUCGGCAUGUUGGUUGCAAUCGCGGGCGCCAUUUUUGCGAUCUCAUACUUUAAAGAGAAGAAUUCAAGAAAACGCUUCUACUAAACAUAUACAUUACACACUUACUUCCACUUCCACUGCACACGACAGACAUCAUAGACUUUUCCUUAGCAAAAUAUAUCAAAUACAUACUGACAUAAUACAGAAACGACAAACAACAUGAGCACACUCACACUUUUGUUGCAAUGACACUAAAUGCUAAUUUAUUGUGUAUUUAAUGUAAAAUUUUGUCUAUAUACAUACAUAUAUUUUAAUUUAGUACUGCUAGACAAAUGCGGCAUGAAAGUUGCUUCUAAUGUAAAAGGGCGCAUCUAUGUAAGUCAUUGCGUUCAUUUGGUAUUACAAGUUUUUCAUACUGCACGGUAUGAAGUUAUUUUAUCAACUAGAUUUACAUAGAUUUUUUUUUAU